GGCGGUUGGCAGGUCUGGCUCGUCUGUUACUUGGCCCACUCCCCGCGUCGGGUUUUCGCAAUCGCCACGCGGAAAAACAUCGCGGUAAAAACUCGCGAUUACGAGUCACGAUCGAUUAGCACGGCUAACGAACCUAAAUGUGACGAUGCUAAGGCGCUACGGUCGGCAGUCCCGCUUGAUCGCGUAAUCGAGUCGGAGGUGAAAAAUCGGAGCGACCGUCGUCGUCGUCCUCGUCGUCGUCGAGGUGGUCGUCGUCAUCGUCGGAGUGUUUUUCCUGAAAAAUGUGGCGGUGCUCUCGGGGAAAGACGUCAUCCCGAAUGCGAAUGAGUACGACAUCGUCGAGGAACGAUCGGCGGAAAGCUCGGAAGGUCCGACGUACUCCGUCGACUUGAGACCCCGCAGGAAUUUGCGUGUAAUCGCGUGCACAUACGUGCACGCGAUGGUACCCACAUAAUUCACGUGCACGGCGGGUUGUUCAUCCGGCGAGCAUCCCUUCUGUCAGGCGAAGUGAAACUUCAGACACUUUAGACAUGACAUCUUUCUUCAAGUAGUGAGAAUGCAGUGAACUCUUAAUUUUAUUACCGCUUCUCUCGUCAUUAUUACCGAUUGAAUUUUCACAUAUAUCACGGUCUUGACAAUCUGCUGAUCGAAAUAGUUUGGAAACAUUUGUUUGACAAGUAUCUUACGAAAUAUAUAUAUAUUUUUUAUACGGACUGAUGUGUGCGACUUGACUAUAUAUGUUGAUUACUGCAAGCACCGCGUAGUGAACCGGCAGUUGAAAGCUGUUACAUGGAAGCCUGCGCGUGGUGUUGACUUAAGCAAGCAGUAGUUCGAUACAAAAAAGCGAAUCAUCACAUUAAUUUUAUUUAUUUAAAAAGUUGUAUCCUACUAAAUUAAAGAAUACAUUUUGUCUUCAGCAUCAUCAUGGACGAUGAUAUCGAUGAUAAAGAUGAUACAAAACGAAAAUCGCGAAAUCUCAGCGAAAAGAAACGCAGAGAUCAAUUUAAUAUGCUUGUAAACGAGCUUGGUAGUAUGGUUAAUGCCAAUACGCGAAAAAUGGAUAAAUCCACAGUGUUGAAGUCGACAAUUCUAUUUUUAAAGAAUCAUAAUGAGAUAGCAGUUAGGUCGAGAGUUCAUGAGAUUCAGGAAGAUUGGAAACCAUCGUUUCUUUCCAAUGAAGAAUUUACUCAUCUUAUAUUAGAAGCAUUGGAUGGAUUUAUAAUGGUUUUCUCCUCAAACGGACAUAUUUAUUACGUCUCUGAAAGUGUUACAUCUCUGCUGGGAUAUCUUCCAAAUGAAUUGGAAAAUACGACUAUUUAUGAUAUAACAUAUCAAGAGGAUCAACCACAUUUGUACAAUAUUUUAUUGAAUCCUGGAAGUACAGGACGAGAUAGACGCAAUAUAAAAAAAGUAGAAGAUCAAAUAUCUUUCACGUGUCAUAUCAAAAGAGGCGGACUCGAUUUUCGGGAAGAUUGCAUCUACGAACUUGUGCAGUUUAUUGGAUAUUUUCGUGCUGCUAUGGAUAGCGAUGUUGACAAUCUGUUGUCAAAUCAGAAACUUAGUAAUAUCAAUGGAUCAGAAAACAAAUUGGUCUUCGUCGGUACAGGACGUUUACAAACUCCUCAACUUAUCCGAGAAUUAUCCGUGACGGACAACACGAAAUCAGAAUUCACAUCUCGUCACAGUCUCGAAUGGAAAUUCCUGUUCCUAGAUCACAGAGCUCCGCCCAUUAUUGGAUAUCUGCCUUUUGAAGUUUUAGGCACUUCUGGCUAUGAUUAUUAUCAUGUGGACGAUUUGGACAACGUGGUCACGUGCCAUGAGUCAUUAAUGCAGAAAGGUGAAGGAACGUCCUGCUACUAUAGAUUCCUCACGAAAGGCCAGCAAUGGAUUUGGCUGCAGACCAGAUUCUACAUCACGUAUAAUCAGUGGAACUCAAAGCCCGAAUUCAUCGUGUGCACGCAUUAUGUGAUCAGUUAUAUCGAUGUAAUGAAAGAAAUGCGCGCGGAGUCGAGGGACUACGACAAAACGCAAAAUCAGGACGUUUUACUACCUGUAAAACAAGUAAUGACGUCUUGUCAAACACCUUUAACGCAAUGGUCAAACAAAUCGUUAAAAACAUCGAAGUCAACGGUCCCUUCGAAUCUCCGACAUCGUGGUGACGAUUCCAAUACGUCUUCCAUAUCUGUCUCGUUACGAAGUUCACCACAAUCACAAAUAACACAUGGAUCAAACGCGACUUCCGCAAGCAGUUCCAUGGUGUCAAAGUCGAUAGAUAAUAGGCAACAGCAACAACAGCAACAACCACAGCAGCAAUCGCAACAACAUCAGCUCGAUGUCAAUCAGCCAUGUAUUAAUUUUAUGAGUCCCGCGCAAUAUGCAACAGUUAAUUUACAAUCGGGAUUUCCUACCCCUGUUGCUCCAAUUCUUUCAACCGUACCCACUCACGAGAUGUUACAGCAGGAUAUAGUAAUGACUACUGCACAGAAUCAGAUACAGGAUGAAUUACAACGAAAGCGUGAGGAAAUACAACAAAUGAUUGUUCAUAAGCAAGAGGAAUUAAGAAGAGUUUCAGAACAAUUAUUCAUUGCUCGAUAUGGGAUUCUCACGCCGUUAUUAAAUGCUGGAAUCCCAUAUAAUCCAUCGAACCCGUGCCAACAAACAAACCAGUGUAACACUAAUAAUACUAAUAUGCAGCUGUCCACAUCCAGUAGCAUACAAGGAGUUAAUGUUCUUUCGAUACCAAUUACCGUGUCAAUGCCUGUAGUGCCUACGGAAUUAUUUUCGCAUUCUUUGCAAGUGAAUUCGUCGCCAGGCUCGACGCAUAGUAAUGUAGGCGCUAUAAUUCAAACCCAACAACAACAUUCGCAAUUACAACAUCAACAACAACAGCAACAACAACAACAGGGGCCAUCGCAGCAGGAAGGUAGCAAUUCCGAUCUCGUGCCUUUCCAAAUCUGUCCGCAACAGGCCGAGAUAAUCUACAGUAACAUGGAGGCAUCCUUGAAUCAACAGCAAAGAUCUUCGCAAAAUUAAAAAAAAAUUCCGUCUCUUUUUAUUAUUUCUCUUGUAUCUAAUUAAUGAAUAGAAAGUGUACAUUUUAGAAUUUUUCAAAAUUCCUUUUCCAUUUUAUUUAUUUAUCGCUAUGAAGAGUCUGACAGACAUCUAUUUUUGUACUUGUAAAUGCUUGCAUCACAAUUUUAUUUUUUCUUUACUUCUCUUUAAAAAAAUUGGACCUUUUGUAAAAAUUGCGUUGUAUAUUACGAGUAUGUAAAAAUAUUUUAAGGAGUUGCGAUAAAAAAAUACAUUUAUGUGAUAGUGACAGAUGUUGUCACUAUACUAAAAUGUAACAGAAUUUUGUAAAAAUAUAUUUGGCGAAAGUAUAAAAAUAUUUUAAGAAGUUAUGAUAAAGACAUAUAUUUAUAUAAUAGUGGUAAAUAUUGCUACUACAUUAAAUUGUAACAGAACUUUAAUAGUAUUUUAAUAGUGUGUAAUUUUAAAUACAUCGAUUACACAUGUCUGCAAAAUUUUAUUUGUUUUCUAUAGUCUAGGAAAGAAGAAUUCUUAUAGUUUUUUAUGUGCAAAAUUCAAAUCCGCAAGGAAAAAUGUUCUAUAUGUCAAGUACGAGGAAAAUGGGAUUGAAAACAUAUCUUAAAAAGAUAUGUUUUAGGAUAGCUUUAAAACUUUGUAGCCAAUAAAACCAAUAUUCUAGACUUUGA